GUUUGUGUGAGAAGUUUUAAAGAUCACGUUUCACUUCUCAUCUACCGACGGAUCUGCGAUGAGCUGUGGCUUGAGGCAACAAUAAAUAUCCACGUUCGAGAGUGGCGUCUAUUAUCUCUUCACUCUCCUGAUUUUCUUAAUCGUGCAAGAGAUGGAGAAUGUGAAUUCUCUACAGGAGUUUAUGGGAGUGAAAGCCAUGGCAGAAAAAGGGUUGGAUCGAGUUCCUCAUCGUUUUAUCAGGUCCCUUGAAGAGCGUCCAAAAGUCUCUCAGGAUAUUGUAUAUGAAGAGAACGAGAAUAUGCCAGUUAUUGAUCUGCAGGAACAAGUACACGAUAGUCCUUCUUGUCUUUCUGCCAAUCUUGUGGAGGCCAUCGGUCGAGCUUGCCAUGAGUGGGGGUGCUUUCAGGUGGUGAAUCAUGGCACUGCUCCAUCGUCAAUGGAUGAAAUGAUUGAGGCAGCUCGAGAGUUCUUUGAGUUACCAGAGGAACAGAAAACGAGGUACUCUAGUUUGGACACAAUGUCAAGUUUUCGCUAUGCAUCGAGCUUCAACUUGCAGAAGGACAAAGUACUAAGCUGGAGAGAUUUCAUCCGUUACUCCUGUCAUCCGCUAGAGGAUGUCAUUUCUCUGUGGCCUAGCUCUCCGCCUACCUUUAGAAAAGCGAGUGUAAAUUUCUGCACCCAAAUUCAUAGGGUGUUAAGAAAGCUUUGUGCUGCAAUUUCACAGAGCCUAGGGCUCCCAGAAAACUACAUUGAACAAGAAUUUACAGACUACUCACAGAUUAUGGUGUGCAACUACUAUCCAAAAUGUCCAGAGCCUGAGUCUACUCUUGGUGUAGGGAGUCACACAGACCCAGGUUGGAUAACAGCAUUGAUGCAGGAUGAUGUCAUAGGACUACAGGUCCUCCAUCGAGAUCGCUGGGUUACAGUCAAGCCUCUUCCCCAUGCUCUUGUUGUCAACGUAGGCGAUGUACUGCAGAUACUAAGCAAUGGGCUAUACAAGAGCGUAGAGCACAGGGCGACUGUUAAUGGAAGUGUGGAAAGGAUAUCUGUGGUGACAACAUAUGGUCCAUCUCUGAACACCAUUAUCAGGCCUGCUCCUGAACUACUGCUGAAGGGUUGUCAGCCUGCUUAUGGCCAAAUAGUUUAUAAAGAAUACAUGGAGAAGAUAUUAAGCGGAUCACUUGAAGACAAACGUAAGUUUAAUUAAAGCUGAGUGAUCAAUUGGGUGCGUAUAUAUAGUAUAAGUGUUUUAGUUUUGUAUAAGCUGAAUAACGACUGGAAAUACGACUGUUAGGGACGAAAUGAUCUUAUGUUCUGAUUACAUGCUUGCUAAGAGCAGUGAGUACUGUUCAAAUAAAUGCUUGCUUGAAAGCUGAACUAAAUGCUUGAUUGUAAGCUUAACAUUCUGAUCUAUGGUGAGUAAGAUUAUAUAGUUUUUCA